CCGCAGGAGAGUAACAGGGUCUCGACCUGACGCUAAUGUCUCACAGAGCAUACCAUGGCUGGUCGGACGCGUCAGGGAAAGAUCUGGAGGAAUGAGGAGGUCACGUCCGUCCAGACAAUCCCAGCGGAGAACAGCAGACUCUCAGAAGGAUCUGAUGUGGAGAAAACGGAGAUCUGGUUCUGGAUGAGGAUUAUUGUGGGAUGUUCAGCCCUGCAGCAGGCCUUGUACACGUAUGAGGAUGACAACAACGACCUGGUGCUGGCGGGAUCUGGAGGGGGGGGCCUGGCAGAGAUCGCGCUGACCUUUGACAGCACCAGGGUGAUGUACGGCUUCUGCAGCCUGAAGGAACCCAACGCCGCCCUGCCACGGUACAUCCUCAUCAACUGGGUGAGUCAUGGGGGGGGGUAGAUGGUAACCAAGUUUAGCCGAAUGUUAGACUGACUGCAGACUCAGAUUCAGUUCCAGAGUUUUUCUCUUCUUUCUUUUGGAUGGUUUCUGUCAUUUUCUCGCCGGUCGUUUUUCCUGGAGAUGUUAUGAACUUUCAUCUGAAUCCUCCUUUUCAUGAAGAUUCUCAAUAAAUCAUACCCCCCC